AACACAGCCCCAGAAAUUUACCUUCUUUUUUUAAUUAUUCAUAAUAUCAUACUUAACCUUAAUAACGUCAACCCCACAUUUUGUUUGGUUUCUCAAAUCAUAUGCACCCCACGUUCCCUAGCUGCAGAAACAGAAAACUGCACUAAGCACCUCUGCUUCUUUUCCCUCUUUCAUCAAUUUUGCAAACUCAACUUUUCAUUUUUCUAUCUUUCGAGCCCCUCUAUUGGGAGAAAUACUACCUCCCCCUAUUUUCUCCUCCUUUCUCCCAUACAACAACAUUCCUUCUUCUUCUUCUCGUUGUUUGUUGCCCAAGAAAGAGGAAGGUGAAGAAAUAACAUUUGCUUUUCCAACCUAUAGAUUUUGCAUCACUUUUGUUUUGUGUGUGUUUAGAUUGGUGUUGUAACUUAGAUUAUAUAUUUAGAGAAGCUCUCCAAGUCACAAUGGUCCGAGCUUUUACAACCCAAGCCACAAUGCAGAAGGCUAAAUCUUUCCAGUUGAAACGUAUGUUUGAGAUUCCGAGACAUCUUCAGAAUUUGAUCUUUGAGAAUGGGCAGGACGGCGAAGGAGACGGCGAAAAUGUUCAAUUACUGAGUCCAUGCUCCAGGACUGCUGCAGAAGACGGUCCGAUCGAGGCACAAGGAAUGUGGGGAGCUAAUCAUGAUAAGGGUACAGCUUCAGAUGGGGACCAAGGAGAAAGGAUAAAAAGUCCUAUAGACAAGAAACCUUCAGAUAUGGAAAUGAUGAAGGAAAGGUUUUCUAAGCUGCUUUUGGGUGAAGAUAUGUCAGGUGGUGGAAAGGGUGUCUCUUCGGCUUUGGCUUUAUCCAAUUCCAUAACCAACCUAGCAGCAUCUGUUUUUGGAGAACAAAGGAAACUAGAGCCUAUGUCUCCUGAUAGGAAAGCGAGGUGGGUGAAAGAAAUCGGCUGGCUUUUGUCUGUGACAGAUCACAUCGUUGAAUUCGUCCCUUCACAACAGAACGGAACAAACAUGGAGAUUAUGGUGACUCGGCAAAGAAAUGAUCUGCACAUGAACAUUCCUGCCCUACGCAAGCUCGAUGGAAUGCUCAUUGGCCACCUGGAUAGCUUUGGAACCCCAAGUGAGUUCUGGUAUGUGAAAAGAGAUGCUCAAGACUCUGAAAAGGGUGAUGAUGCCCCAAGAAAUGAAGAGAAAUGGUGGAAACCCACUGUUAAAGUCCCGCCCGAAGGGCUAUCAGAUGAAUGUCGAAGAUGGCUGCAAUCUCAGAAGGAAUCUGUGAACCAAGUACUAAAAGCAGCAAUGGCGAUUAACGCUCAAGUACUUUCAGAAAUGGAGAUACCUGAUAACUACAUUGAAUCCCUCCCUAAGAAUGGUAGAGCCAGCCUGGGUGAUUCAAUCUAUAAGUGCAUAACAGUGGACUACUUUGAUCCUGUCGAAUUUUUUGACACCAUGGACUUGUCCACAGAGCACAAAGUGCUUGACCUCAAAGACAGGAUUGAGGCCUCUAUUGUCAUUUGGAAGAGGAAGAUGAACCACAAGGAUGGAAAGUCUUCAUGGAGUUCAGUUGUGAGCUUGGAGAAGAGAGAACUCUUUGAAGAGAGAGUGGAGACCAUAUUACUCCUAUUAAAGCAGAAGUUCCCAGGAAUUCCACAAUCUGCUCUUGACAUAAGCAAAAUUCAAUACAAUAAGGAUGUGGGGUAUGCUAUUCUAGAGAGCUAUUCAAGGGUAAUAGAAAGCUUGGCCUUCAACGUCAUGUCUAUGGUUGAAGAUGUUCUUUAUGCUGAUAAUCAAGCUCGAAAGGCGUCAUCAAACAGGAGGCUUUCAGUGGACUCAUCAUCACCAUUUACAGAUAAUGGGAGGUCCCCUUAUGCUAGGGAAGACGCGGACAGGUUGAGUUCUUCAGAGACACCAACAAAGACACUCUUUGAGUUCAUGGGCUGGAAUGCAGAAACAGACGAGCCUGAUAUGGAGAAGGAUAGCUCCACAGGCAAUAAGGAGAGCUACUUUAAAGAAGACACUGAAAAGAGUAUGAGCAAACCUCCUGCUAACAUAAACACCAAGAGAUUUUCCUACUUAGAGAAGCUUGAGAAGUUGAGUGGUCUAAGAAGUCCAACAGCUCGGCAUUGAUAGAAGAAAGUAAGAAAAAGAGAAGAAUUGAACAAUUGAAGAAUAGAGAGGACAAGAGAGAGAGAGAGAGAGAGAGAGAGAGAGAGAGAGAGAGAGAGAGAGAGAGAGGAGAGGAGAGGGGGGGCAGAUAGACAUAGAGAGAGAGAGAGAGAGAGUAGAUACUUCCUAGGAUGCUACUUGUUUAGUAUUUCUAUGUAGUGCUUGUGCUUCCUUCCUAUUGAGGAUAGGGAAGUCUCUUGGAGUGCUUAAGUAGUGGGUUUUGAUGCAUUUGAGAACUGGGAUGUGCUUUCUAUCUUUGUUGUUUUGUAGGAACAGCAAUACAAUUAUUCUAGUUUUUCUCAAAGGCUCUAUUAUCACCUUUCAUUUUUUGUCUUCCAUGAGCUUUGUCCUCCAGCCUCAACUAGACUCCUUGUCAAAUAUUUUUCUAUAACAAUAUGCAUGGCCAAAACCCACCAAAGAAAUAAAACCGUUCCGACUAGAACCUACCCUGUUUUUCUCUCUUACCUUAAAGGAAGUGAUCUGCAAAAGCUUGUACGGUUGGUGGUGAAAGUCAGAAUAUUCACCACAAAGUGCACUCUUCUAUAUGAUAUUGGCAAUGUCGGAGUUAAAAGGGGUUAAAAACAUCCUUGUUAUUGAAGUUCACAACCUAACUCAGGAUCAAGAACACAAACUGGGGCCCCUUAUAAGUUCAAUGCUGGCAAUGUCACGAUUCAGUACUAAGGUGCGACUGUAGGAGUAGUUGCUGUCCCAAAGAGAAAGGCUGGAAUACUUUCUACUAAAAGAAUCAAUGUGGAGGUGAGUUUGAGUUCAAGUGCAAUAAGUGGUUCAAAUCUUGGCAGCGAAUUGAGUAGCGGGGUGUUGACGCUCAACAGCGUUGAUAGAUUGACUGGAAAAGUUGAAUUGAUGUUUAUAAUGAAGAAGAAGAAGGCUACCAAUAUGAGCUACUGCACCAUAGCUUUUGAUGUGGCAGCCAAGACAGUCAAAUCUUUACAAUGCAAGUGAAGACAGCUAAAAUGAUGAUUUUAUAUUGAUGAAGACUAGUUCUUGGAUAAUUUUUCCUUCAUUGAUAUUGUUUGUUAUUAUUUGUUGUAGAAUUAUAAUACUACUUUACUGAAA